GAAUGUGGCGCCAGGAUCGUCUCUCUAUUGCUCAAAGACGCUCAGUUUGUUCUCGUUGUUGAACCUACCUAUCUUGCUAAACUACAAGCACAAUCUUGCAUUCGAUAUGGCAACUCUUCUAGAUCACAACCCAAAUCCUCAGAACUUCUACGCCGGUCUUAUUCAGGGGCAGAAGUUUGCCGUGAUACCGGAGUUCACACUUGACUCUGGUGAUGUAUUGGAAUCUUGUCCCAUUGCUUACAAGACAUGGGGUCGACUCAACGACACUGCGGACAAUGUCCUAGUGAUCUGUCAUGCUUUGACUGGCAGCAGCGAUAUUAGUGACUGGUGGAGCCCCCUUCUUGGACGUAACAAGGCGUUUGAUCCGGCGCACUUUUUUAUCUUUUGCGCCAACGUACUCGGAUCACCCUACGGUAGCGCAUCACCACUGACUAUCAACCCUCAGACGGGAAGGAGAUACGCUAGCGAAUUCCCGCAAACAACCGUUCGUGACGAUGUUCGGGCACAUAAGUAUGUUCUUGACGCUCUAGGGGUGCGCUCCGUAGCGGCCGUAAUAGGAGGUUCGAUGGGCGGAAUGACGACUCUCGAAUGGCCCCUCUGCACCGCGCCUGGUUACGUUAAGAGCAUUAUACCGAUCGCAACUGCAGCAGACCACAGCGCCUGGGGGAUUUCAUGGGCUGAGACGCAGCGCCAAUGCAUUUAUUCUGACCCUAAGUUCGACGAUGGAUACUACGAACCGCUUCCUGGGGGUCAGCCAUCAGCCGGUUUGGCCGCGGCGCGUAUGGUGGCUAUGCUUACCUACCGAUCAUGCAUGAGCUUCGACUCCCGAUUCGGCCGCAAACCACAGCGGCAGAAGCCGCGGCCCGUGCAAGAGCCUCAUCUGGACCUCCCGCGGACAGAUGUUCCGGUUACAACGACAGGCGCGGCACCGACAACCGGCAAGGAGCGCUCGGAGCGGAAGAGCUGGACCGCAAGACGGGACCCCUCUUUUUCCGCUCAGGGGUACCUACACUAUCAGGGGCAAAAGUUUAUUCAGCGGUUCGAUGCCAACUGCUAUCUGCACAUCACCAACAAAAUGGACGCGCACGACGUGACAGUAAAUAGAGUACCGGCUGAUAAAGAAAUUCCAUCUUCUGUUGACUACGAUAGCGACUUGCGCUCCGUACUAUCUGUUGUACCGCCUGGCGCCCUGGUAGUUAGUGUUGAGACGGAUGCGUUAUUCUUGCCCGAGCAACAAGAGCGGUUAGCGGCGUGCCUCCCUGAUGCUACUCUUGCGAUGCUCAAGUCAGCGGACGGGCACGAUGGGUUCUUACUCGAGUUCGAACAGCUUGGAACGCUGAUUUUAGGAAAACUUACGAGUGACUUUCCGCACUUUUACAACUCUACGUACGAUGAUACUAGCUGUUCCACAGAGCACACAGCUCAACCUGGCGGCGCCAGCUUGACUGGCGAAGUGGAGGCUUGGUAGAGAGUGGCCAGGGAAUUGGCCUUGUACAGUGUCUUCACAGUGUUAUUGUAUAUCAAGCGUUUCUUAUUAUCAUUAUUAUAGGCCCCGGGGAGUUUUCGGGGGAUUGGCUGCUCGCUAAGGUGUCAUUAUUCCAAGCACUUACUACAGCUGAAAUGUUUACCGUAUUAGUGAUUUAGUAACACCGCAUAAAAUGGGUCGAUGAUGAUGCUACGGAAGAGAACGGACUAGCUACGGGGGAGAGCUCUGGGGACUUUUUUUUUUCUCACGCGCUAUUACAAUACGAAGAUUUUUUUUUUUUUCUUAAGCUGACGGAGAGAGAGCAUACGCUACUAUCCUCAGGUCAGCGGGUUGUGGAACGACGGGCUCGGGGAGGCAAACAUUCUGUACGACAUUUCACAGAAACGGACCAAGGGACGAAAUCCUCCUUUUGUAUCUUGGAGGACCUCGGAAGUCCCUCGCCCCUCGUUUCUUUUCAUCUCCCUUACUACGGAGUAAAAGUAAGCUCCGGGAGAGAGAGAAUGAAAGACGCAAGUAAGACGGAUAAUGCAGCAGUAGAUUUGAAAUGAUGACAACGCUUCCCCCCCUCCCUCCUCUUUCCCCC